GGAGAAAAUGUAUUCAUCUUCAGAGACACAUGCAGAAAUUGAAGUAAAUGAAGUAAAAGGAAGAAAGGAUGAAGAAGUUUCAAACAAGUUACAGCUUCAUGGCACAGAUGUGAUGAAAUAUGCGGCAAAUUCUUGUGGAACAUGGACCCGAACAAGUUCAUUAAUUUCCCUUCCCUAAGGAUGGAAAUAGAAGGAAAUUCUCUGCUCAGCAUUGCAAGAGAAAACUCAUUAAUGGGAAAGAAAUUCAUCAAAAUUGGUUACCAUAUUAAGUGUCAAAGGACUCUGUGUUUUGCUUUUGCUGCAAGUUGUUUAGAAAUUAAGCAACUGAUACAUCACUUACUGAAAAUGGUUCAAAGGACUGGAAAAACAUCUCUUUAAUUCUCUCUUCAUGUAAAAGCAGUACAGAACAUUUGGAAUGUUUUCAGAACGGGAAAGAACUUGAACUACAAUAAAAAAAGGAAAAACUACUGAUGAAGAAAAUUUAAGUAUGAUCAAGGAAAAAGAAGAAUAUUGGCAACAAAUAUUAGAGCUUUAGUGAGAGUUCUGGCUGGACAAAAUUUAGCAUUCAGCCGCCAUGGUAGAAAUGAAAAAUCAUACACACCAGGUAAUGGAAACUUUUAAAAAUUCGUUGAAUAUCUAGCUUUGUUCGAUCCAGUCAUGCAGGAGCAGCUACCUAAAAUAACUGAUCACGAAACACAGGUUCAUUUCUCCGGAAAAAACAUGCAGAAUGAACUGUUUAAAUCCUAGCAAGUGCCAUUAAAAAGAAAAUUGUAGAAGCUGCCCAUUCUGCAAAAUACUUUUCAAUAGCACUGCAAGUGCCUGGGGCCGAGCCCCGCCCUGUGUUUUCCAGGCAGAUGUUUAAAACUCCAGUCCCCCAAAGCAGGUACCAACAGGGCUGGUGCUCUCGUCCGCCUGGCGCUGGGGAGAAUGACUCAGGCGGAGGCACUUUCCGGUCUGCAGGGAGAGGAGCGGAUACAGGCUGGGGCACGCAGCUCCGGACUGCAGCAGUCGGCAGAGCUCGGAGCGGUGCACCGCCGCAAUGCGCCCUGCGGGCUGGCUGCUGGUGGCGUUGUUCUCAGUGGGGAUUGUUUCUGCAUGUCAAUCCACUGGUCUUGCACCAACAGAAGGCAGGGUGGUUGGUGCUGUGGGCUGCACUGUGGUGCUCCCUGGACCAGAUCACAUUGACACCACUGGGUUUGUACGGUGGGAGUAUAAACAAAAUGAAAAUGACACUGAAGUGACUGUCGUACUUUAUUACGUGGCAUCACGAGAACUGGACAUCUUACCAGAGUAUAAGGAUCGUGUUGUAUUUAGCAUGUCCAACUGGUCCCUGGGACUGAAAUUGCAACUGGCAGAUCGAGGCCUGUACAGAUUAAGGAGACAAGAGGAGGAGAAAAAUGGCAAAUGGAUCCAGCUGGAGGUUAUAGAGCCCUUAUCCAAGCCGAAACUCUUUAGGAACUCUUCCUUGGCGGGCUCCACCAUUGAAAUGGUCUGUAAUGUGACAGUAGGUAGGGUGGAUUCCUAUCAGUGGAGAAAGGACCAUAAGCCUCUCUCUAAGUAUGGUCACUACCAACUCUCUCGGAAUAACAGUGUACUUCUCAUACUGAACGCAACACAGGCUGAUAGUGGCAGUUACUCAUGCAAAGUUACCAGCGAAGUUAGUGAGAAUGAAACCUCUCUGGAAUUGAUCAUCAAUGAUUCUUCAGCUGUGGUUUCAAAUGGAGUCAUUUGGGGAGUUGCUGUCAUAACUGCUGUCAUAAUUCUAGUAAUAGGUGAGUAA